UGUUGUUUUAAGAGGAAGAAUGGCAUCUGGAAUUGAGGAUGAAAAACUGGAAGAUAUUAAAGUGAAGUUGUUCAAUUGCGCCAUGCAAAGUGAUUGGGAAGGAGUUGUAAGAAUAUGCGAGCAACACCCCAGUGCUCACAAGGCUAUCAUGCCUGCAUCGGGGGAGACAAUAUUGUAUAUGGCAGUCUCAGAUGAGGAAGAAAAAAUAGUUGAAGAACUGGUUGAACAGAUUAGUAAAUCCGAGCUUGAUGCUUUGAAGAUUGGAAAUGAGGAAGGAGACACUCCUCUCCAUUUGGCUGCAUCAAUAGGAAAUGUUCAAAUGUGCAAGUGUAUCACUGAUAAGGAUCGAAAAUUGGUGGGUUUUCCCAACAGCAAAGCCGAAACGCCGCUCUUCUUGGCGGCCCUCCGCGGUCAAAAAGAUGCUUUUCUUUUCCUACAUGGAAUGUGUGAGAGCUCUGAACGGGCCAAUUACUGUCGGAGGGAUGAUGGCAGAAAUAUCCUUCACUGUGUUAUCGAUGAAGAAUACUUCGAUUUGGCAUUCCAAAUAAUUCAUCACUACAGAGAUCUAGUUGACUCGGUUGACGAGAAUGGACUUACCCCUCUCCGUCUCCUGGCGAGUAAGCCCACUGCAUUCAGAAGUGGUACUCCCCUCAGCUGGUUCGAAAGAAUUAUCUACCAUUGUGUGUAUGUUGAAGACCUCAAGGAAGAAGAGCUUCAACAACAAAGCCCUCAGACUUUUAAGAGAAAAAGGAUACUCGAGGGUCCUGAGAACUAUCAAACAUGCAUGUACUUCGGGGACAUGAUUAAAACAUCAGCAAUUACUAUAUUUGCACCAAACUAUCAGAAGGAUGAUGAUGCAGAGAACCCAAACCAAGGAAGAAAAGCAACUUCCGAGCAUCAAGAAACUAGUAUAUUUCCAUCAAAGUUUUGCAAGUGUGAAGAUGCAGAGAACCCAAGAGGAAGAAAAACAACUUCUGAGAAGCAAGCUCACCAAUCAAUGAAUCAAGCUCAACAACAAAUGUUGCCACCAAAUUAUGAUAUCUGUUUCGAAUUCAUCAAGUUUGCAUACACAACAAUGCUGGUCUUCUUAGGAUUUGGAUUUGAGAAGAUAAAGAAAAUAAAAGAUAUGAAAAAGAAACAUUCAAGGGCUGUUCAACUUGUAGAUGAACUACUCCAGCAUGUGUCAAGUUCUAAGUAUAACCUUAAAGAACAACAACAACCAAGUAACUCUUCAUCUUCAGAUACUAACCAAAAUGUGAAAGAAAGAAGUUCUUCAGUAAAAUAUGAAAAUGAAAAAGAUGAGGAGAACAAAUUUUCACUUGCUGGAAGUUCCUCAAAAACUACUAAUAAGAAAGACAAAGAAAAAAAGAACACACCAAUAUUAAUUGCAGCAAAGAAUGGUGUGAAGGAAAUGGUGGAGAAAAUCCUUGAAGUUAAUCCAGUUUCCAUUAACGACAAGAACGAAGAAAAAAAGAAUGUAGUAUUGUUAGCAGUGGAGAAUAGACAACCUGAGGUGUAUGAGCUCUUAUUUAAGAGAAAGUUUCGGAAAGAUAGUGUGUUCCGAGCAGUUGACAACGACGGGAACAGCGCAUUGCAUCUGGCUGCAAUGUUAAGAAAUUAUCAACCUUGGCAUAUCCCUGGAGCUGCAUUGCAAAUGCAAUGGGAAAUGAAGUGGUAUAAGUAUGUCAAGAAUUCCAUGCCACCGCAUUUCUUCACUCGUUACAAUGACAAGAAACGCACUCCAAAGGAGAUCUUCACGGAAGCCCAUUCUGAACUUCUGAAGAAAGGAGGCAAAUGGCUGAACAGCACUUCCAGUUCCUGCUCCGUUGUUGCAACCCUCAUUGCAACCGUUGCUUUCGCCACAUCUGCCACUGUGCCAGGCAGCUUCAAUGAAAAUAAUGGGAAGCCAAAUCUUGCACACCAAUCAGCUUUUAAUCUCUUUGCAGUUUCAUCACUAAUUGCUCUCUGCUUUUCAGUGACUUCCCUGGUCAUGUUUCUGGCGAUUCUCACCUCUAGGCACCAAGAGGAUGAUUUUCAUGAGGAAUUGCCUCGGAAGCUUUUAUUUGGUUUAACUGCUCUAUUCAUAUCAAUUGCAGCUAUGUUGGUCUCUUUUUGUGCAGGACACUUCUUUGUCCUCAAAGAUGAACUCAAAUAUGCUGCCCUUCCCGUAUAUGCAGUUACCUGCCUUCCAAUAUCAUUUUUUGCUAUUGCCCAGUUUUCCUUAUACUUUGAUCUUGCGUGGGCUACUUUUAGGAAGGUACCACAACGAAGUUAUAAGAUGGCUUUCUAGGAUUUGAUGGUUAAAUAAAUAUGUUUGUAUGUGCUUUGUGAGUAGCUGGGAUUAUGGUUUUGAUGUGUUUUUGCUUGUUUUGUUUCUUCUACGUUUCUGAACACUCAUGUCGAGGAAGAAAAUUGAUGGAAUGAUCAUUAAUUG